AUGAUAUUGAUAAAAUAAAUUGUAGCAUCCUAUAAAAACGACUAAUAAUGAAUUCAAUAUGUUUAAAAAAAAUAAAAAUGGAAUAUUAUGAAUAAGUGACUAUUGAAUUAAUUUGAAUGCCAGAAUUAGGAAAAUUCAUUGAAUAUGGAUUUUGAAGAUGCAAUAACAGCGACAAAAAUUUUUACAAAGAGAGAAACACUGUAUUUGAUGAUUGGAUGGCAAAGUCACUCGUUUGAAAUGUAUUUGUAUGGAAAUGAUAAGGUAUGGAAAGGUAAAUUUUCACCAAAUCGUUUAGCAAGUUUUAGUAGAAAUUUACAGAUGACCGAGAAAGAAUAUAUUAAAAAUACGAAACAUUGCUUAUCCGAGCAAAGACCUGACUACAUUUACGAAUUAAAGAGUGGGUUUUUCUACUGGAAACGAAAAACUUCAGAUACUAUUAUUAUAGAAGGAUUUUUACCAGUAGAAGUAGAAACAUCACCAAAAAAUGUACAACCGGAUUUAAUAGAAGUACUGCUUGCCGUAAACAAACACUUGAAAUGCAAAGCGAACCACUGGCAAUGGAGAUGUAAAAAUAUCGAAAAGGAAUAUCAAAAGUGUCUCAAAGACACGCAAGAAUUUUUGAAUCUGAAACUUGAUAUGGAAAAGGCACUUUGUGACAAAUUUCUCAAUUUACUCAAUCUAAAAAAGAAUAAAUUAAUUCACGAUUGCAAGGAUAAUUUGUCAUUUAAAAAUGAAAAUGCAAAUUCAUUCAAAUUAGCAUAAAAAGUAUAAUUUCAUAAUGCUUAGAUGCGAUUUAAUUAUAGAUGUGUGGCGAAUUAAUUAAGAAUACAAAAAUGAUAUUGA